UCUCCUCCCCAUUCUCCGUUGGAUACGCCCACGUGUUACGUCGGUAAGAUGGCAGAGUCAGAAGAAGAGAUAUCUGUUUUGAUAGAGAGGGUCGUAAAAGAUAUCACAAACGCCUUUAAGAAGAAUCCUGACAUAGAUGAAAUUGGACUGAUACCAUGCCCAGAAGCUAGAUGUAACCGAAGUCCCAUUGUUUUAGUUGAGAACAAGCUUGGCAUAGAGAGUUGGUGCAUCAAAUUUCUUCUGCCUUAUGUUCAUAACAAGUUACUUCAAUAUAAACUAAGAAAAAAGUGGCUCGAACAAGAUGUCUUGACAGACGUCACUCGUACUCUUCUGCUGCUGAACCCAGACUUCGCUACAGCCUGGAAUGUAAGAAAGGAACUUGUACUCUCUGGAACUAUAGAGCCAAUUCAGGAUCUAUAUUUGGCCAAACUUGCCCUAACAAAAUUUCCUAAAAGCCCAGAAACAUGGAUUCACAGGCGUUGGGUGCUCCAAAAAUUAACUCAGGAAGCCUCUUUACCUUGCCUUGUCAAUAAAGGCAGUACAGGAGUGGAGUUGUCUGAAAAGCUACAGCAGAUAGUACAAGAAGAAAUGAAAGUCUGUACUGAGGCUGCAGGAAGGUAUCCAAGCAACUAUAAUGCCUGGUCUCAUCGUAUCUGGGUCUUACAACACAUUGCAAAAUGCAACGUUAAGGUUCUUCUUGAUGAACUGUCUUCCACAGAAAACUGGGUUUCCAUGCACAUUUCAGAUCACAGUGGCUUCCAUUACCGUCAGUUCUUACUGAAAUCUUUACUUGCUGCCAGGAGUUUACCGAACAAUGCAUUAACAACACUAAGUCUAUUACACAGUGAACAGAUUUGUAGUCUUCCAAAAGGAGAAAAGGACUUUCAGGAGAGACAGAAAACAGAUAUGUCACAUCUCUGUGUAAAGGAGCUGGCACUUUGUACGGACCUCAUUGAAACAUAUACGGGGCAUGAAGCACUUUGGUGUCACAGGCGCCAUGUUUUCUUCCUGUUGUACUUUCACAGUCAUCCUGUAAUACAGCGCACAACUCAGGACAGUAGCUGUGAAACCUUGAAUCAUGUGAAUUCUGACACCAUAGCCCAAGUGCAAACUCAGGUCAUGGAUAUUGAUGGUGUUAGUGAGAUGACUAAGCAGGACUACAGCCAGGAAAUUAAGCGGCUGAAGCGUGGCCCAUGCCAGGAAUUGUGUGGCCUUGAAGCAGAACUCAGGUUUAUUGAGAAAGUCCUUACAGACUCCAAGAAUGCAGAGCAGACUAGGUUUGCCUCUGCCUACAAAAAAUGGCUUGAUAUGGUUUGGAAUCAUUGACAUUGCUGAUCUACAUGCUGGUGCAGUUGUAACUGGUUGCAACAUUUUCACUUAAAACAGAAACCCACGUCUUUCAUUUUCAACUGAGAGAGACAGAGAGAGAGAGAGAGAGAGAUCAGGUGCACGCACACUGUUACAGAUUUGUAAAGGUUGUCAGAAGUCCUUUAAUCUGUAAUUGAAUGAUUGCUUCAUGUUAAUGUCAGAUAGUCUUUCUGAAGGAAUUAUCACCUCCACUAAGUGCAUAUUGGAUACACACGAUUAUUUACAUCUUUCAUGGAGCUGAACAGUUUCUGUAGUUUUCUUAGAGAUGAUGCUUUCCUAAUCUCACUUGGCGUACUAUUUUCUGAACCAUAUAGUGGUCUGCAUUUUAUGACCAGGUUAUGUAGCUACUGUAGGAUAUAGUGUAUAACGUCAGUGUUGGUAGUGAUAGAGCUGAUGCUGAAUUUUUUUUUGCAGUCAGAUGCACACCUGUGUAAGCAUGCUUCUCAGAACUGCAGUGACUGGUCUGUCUGUACUGUGUGUUUACCAUAUUAUCAUUGUGUUAUCUAUGUUAAUUUUUUUCUGUACUUGUUUACCACAUUAUCAUUUCAUUAGCUAUGUUUAAUUUCAUCUGUACUUGUUAAUCACAUUAUCAUUUUGUUAGCUAUGUUAAAUUUCAUCCAUUAACCACAUUAUCAUUUUAUCUAUGUUAAAAUUUGUCUGUACUCGUUAACCAUCGUUUUAUCUAUGUUUAAAUUUUGUCUGUACUCGUUAACCACAUCAUCAUUUUAUCUGUUACAUUUUGUCUGUACUCGUUAACCGCAUCAUCAUUUUAUCUGUUACAUUUUGUCCGUACUCGUUAACCACAUCAUCAUUUUAUCUGUUAAAUUUUGUCUGUACUCGUUAAUCACGUCAUCAUUAUAUCUAUGUUAAAUUUUGUUUGUACUCGUUAACCACAUCAUUUCAUCCAUGUUACAUUUUGUCUGUACUUGUUAACCACAUUAUUUUGUCUAUGUUAAAUUUUGUCUGUACUCGUUAACGACAUUUUAUCUAUGUUAAAUUGUGUCUGUACUCGUUAACCACAUUAUUUUGUCUGUUAAAUUUUGUCUGUACUCGUUAACGACAUAAUUUUAUCUAUGUUAAAUUUUGUCUGUACUCACUGAAGCUGCUCACUGUUAAGCAUAGUACUGUACUUGGAGAGACUUAGCUGAUCAUUUGCACCACCUGACUGACGUGUGACUAAACAACUGUAGAUGCUCAUUAGAUUCAGUUAACGAGUUCUCCUUUGAUGAAAAAUAGUAUUUAUUAAUUAGUAGCAUUUCAUGAAGACAAGCCUUAGGUCAGGUUAAAAUGUCUGCGUGUAUUUUAUCAAGAUCAUACCCCAUUCCUCUCAGACAUGUCUUUUGGUUUUACAGAUUGAAAAACUUGAAAUUGAGAUAGUGGGGCAUUACCAAAAAUGUGCCCUAUGCUAAUUUGAAGUAGUUUGUCUGAAAUAAGUUUUAUUUUUUUAGCUGGAGCAAGGGACAAGUGAAAGUUUUCACACUUUUUUUUCUUUUUAUUCUCAUAUAAAUGUUUUUUACAAUAUCAGCCUGUCACACUCAGUUUGGCUUUCCUCUACAUCAUAGCUGGACAGUUUCAGCCUGAGAAUUGGACAGUAGAUACCAUGCAGACACGCGCUCCUUUUUUAGUGUGCAUACUGUAUUUAUUGUCUACAGAUCUUUGUACGGAAUGUUGCAGCAGAGAUCACUGCAUUCUCCUCAAGGAUGAGAUGGUCAACCAGUAUGUUCAGCACUCUUCUUCUUUAUCAGCCUACCUUUGAUUUAUUGUGCAGUGAGUAGCAGAUCUCCCACCAGGUUAAUUUGGGAUGUUCUGUCCCAUAACCAGGACUGCUUCACAGAAAAGUUAGAAUGAUUCUGUGCACUAGAAAUUGUGGCUGUUUAGAAAGUAACAUUUCCAAUGUGCUUUAUCAGUAGUUUUAUGCACUGGUUUAUUGUUUAGUAGAAGAGAAUUUAAAGAUGUCAGAGUGACCAUAUUCUAUACCUUUAUACAUCAGAGUGAUUUUUAAUGUUGCACACAAUAUUUCUAUGUUGUCUGUGUUCAUUGCUAGGAGUUAGCUUGUAAGGUAUCAUAAUCAACCAUACAAACUAACCCAUAUUUUUUUAGUAGGAAAAAAAACAGAAAGCCUGCCCCUGCCAGGCAGCAGAAUCUGAAACAGUCUUUCUUUACCAGCACAGUCAUUAGAAUUGCAGUGUGUAAGAUGCAAACCUAGACUACAAUAACCAGGGUUUGUCAGUUUUGUUUAUGUAGUAGUAGUGUGCCAAAAAACAUCAGACUGCGGUAUAGUAUAUUAACGGUACACCAAAAACCUAAAUCCUGUCAUGGAUAUCAUCUCUUUUGUCAGAUAUAGAUGCCCAUAGUUAAACUUUCAUUUAUGCUUUGUAAUUUAUUAAUUGCUUUGAAGCUUAUACUAAAUCACGUUUUGAGUCAAAUUCAGUUUUGUGUUGUGAAUAGGGCACAAUAAGUUAAAACAGUGCCAAAUGUUUAAUUGAUGUGCCCUUUCUUUUGUCUGUAUUGUAUAUGGAUGAGCAUUGCCUUUAGUUCUCAUAUUUGACAUCCAGAAACAUUCAC